AAAACUAUAUUUAGAUUAAUCUCAGCUGGCCAGUUAAGCAGCCCUUAUCUGAUUUUAGUUUGGAUUAGGGCUCCUCCUAACACUCAGUGUCUUGUUUCAUCUCUCCACUGCACACAGACUUCCGAAUGGGACUCCGAAUGCCUUACAUCCCUGCAGGCACUUCCUCUACCCACACCCCCAGCAGCAAACGAAGCACAUCUGCAGACUGCAGCCAUCUCCCUGUGGACAGUGGUGGCGGCCGUGCAGGCCAUAGAGAGAAAGGUGGAGGUCCACAGCCGGCGACUCCUGCACCUGGAGGGACGGACAGGGACGGCAGAGAAGAAGCUAGCCAGUUGUGAAAAGACGGUGGCUGAUCUUGGGAACCAGCUGGAGGGCAAGUGGGCCGUGCUGGGCACCCUGCUGCAGGAGUACGGGCUGCUGCAGAGGCGGCUGGAGAACUUGGAGAACCUGCUGCGGAACAGGAACUUCUGGAUCCUGCGGCUGCCCCCCAGUAUUAAAGGAGAUAUGCCAAAGGUGCCUGUGACAUUUGAUGAUAUUUCCAUCUACUUUUCCACUCCAGAGUGGGAAAAAUUAGAAGAAUGGCAAAAGGAACUUUACAAGAAUAUCAUGAAGGGCAACUACGAGUCUCUCAUCUCCAUGGAUUAUGCCAUGAAUCAGCCUGAUGUCUUAUCUCAGAUUCAGCCGGAAGGAGACCACAAUACAGGCAACCAGGCCGGGCCAGAGGAAAGUGAGAUUCCCACAGACCCCAGUGAAGAGCCCAGCAUUUCGACAUCGGAUAUUUUGUCUUGGAUUAAACAAGAGGAAGAGACCCAGGUUGGCGCCCCACAGGAGCCCAAGGAGAGUGACAUGUGCAAAGGCACCUAUCCUGACGAAGAGCUUGUCAUUAAAGCUGAAGGCCUCGCCAGAGCCUCCCUGUGCCCCGAGGUUCCAGUCCCCUUCACUUCUGCACCAGCAGCGGCGGCUAAGGAGGCGUUUCCAGAUGUGGCUUUCAAAAGCCAGCAGUCCGCACCCAUGACACCAUUUGGACGUCCGGCCACUGACCUGGCCGAAGCUUCCGAGGGACAAGUGACUUUCACUCAGCCCUUCCGCUGCGCGCAGUGCGGCCGGAGCUUCAGCCUGAAGAUCAGCCUGCUGCUCCACCAGCGGGGCCACGCGCAGGAGCGGCCCUUCUCCUGCCCCCAGUGCGGCAUUGACUUCAACGGCCACUCGGCCCUGAUCCGCCAUCAGAUGAUCCACACGGGCGAGCGGCCCUACCCCUGCACGGACUGCAGCAAGAGCUUUAUGCGCAAGGAGCACCUGCUCAACCACCGGCGGCUGCACACAGGCGAGCGGCCUUUCAGCUGCGCGCACUGCGGCAAGAGCUUCAUCCGCAAGCACCACCUCAUGAAGCACCAGCGCAUCCACACGGGCGAGCGGCCCUACCCCUGCGCCUACUGUGGCCGCAGCUUCCGCUACAAACAGACGCUCAAGGACCACUUGCGUGCGGGCCACAGUGGGGGCUGUGGGGGUGAUAGUGACCCCUCUGGACAGCCGCCUGACCCCCCAGGCCCCCUCCUCACUGGGCUCGAAACCUCUGGCCUCGGGGUUAACACUGAAGGCCUGGAGGCCAAUCAGUGGUACGGGGAAGGGAGUGGAGGCGGGGUUUUGUAAAUCUCCCUCCUUCCCCCAGCUGGCCGAGCUGCAGCGGGGCAAGAGGCAAGUCCCCUCCACCUCCCCCUCCUCCGCCGUCAUUGCGGCCUGGCACCUGCAUGAAUUUGGGGUCCUGUACACUUGAGUAGAGACAUGCUUGAGUUUCGGAACUUCACAAGAACACCACAUUUUGAAACCUAGGAAGACCUGGAAAAGAGCCCAGCUCCCCCAUCUUUUGAAAAAUAUUACCUAAGCAGAAGUCAUAAGAAUGUUGCAGAGAGGUCGGAAAGCAAGAUGUGACCUCGAGUAAUUCAUCACGGGGUAGCAGAUUGAUUAAUGGUUGCAGCUCUAGGUAGAGUCAGGUGCAUGGGAAGGCCUCCAAGCCUUGAAGCCCACCGUGAGGCAAAGAAUGUUUAACCUCAGCCUUUCAUAAAUCCCUUGUUGGUAGAUGGUUGUAGAAGAACGUGCCCCUGCGUGGGUCUGUGCUCCGCUCUUCCCUGACACCAGCUCAGGUGCUUAGGUGCUGCCUCUCCACAUGGAAACCCAAGACUGCCCUCCUAGGUCUCCGAGAUUAAUUCUUCAGAUACAUUUUUGUUUAAUAUUGGGUGAGGAAGAAAUCUGACUUUAAAAGCUUCUUAAGGAGAAAAGUUUUUUCACUAGCUUGACUUGAAGCAUUGAGGCUUUUACUGGCAUUUAAGCUGCUAGAAACCUUUGCCGAGGUCCAGGUUAAAAAUCUGGGAGCAGUGUUCUCAGCCCCAGCUUUACAAGCCACAGGUCCCAGAGAAAUGACAGAACAGCCUCGAAUUUGUGCCUGAACCAUGUUUCUUAGAGUCCCUUAUGUCAAAUUCUUCCUUAUCAUUUCCAAGCCAGUAAGCUGGCUUUUCCAUUCCUGGUGUCCGAUAUUCUGACAAUCAUCAACAGAAAAGGUCAUGGCACUUUCCAGAAGCAUUACAGAGUUCAGAAAGUGCCAGUGGACUCUCAGCUUUCACGUCCUCAGAAGUGAGAGGGUAGUUACAAAGCAGCUUUCUUGAGCCAGCAGAGGGUGUCUGUUCACCUGCCUCACUGGUGAAGAACAGACUGAAGGACUUGGCAGGCCCCUGAGAGCUUAGCACCACAUGCCAGGAUGGCCUCUUCCUGCUGCGCUUGCUUCUGGGGACCUUGGCUAUCAUGUUUUCUUCUGUCAGGGUCAGUCAGUCACCUGGAAGCAUCUGAGCCUGGUCCUACUCCUGAGCAGCUUCACAGUUGGGCCACUUUCUCUUUACAGAUCUCAGAUUUUCAUCUGCAAAAUGAGUCUGGUGAAGGGAAAAAAGUGAACCUUUAGGAUUAAAAAAAAGAAAAAAUCUUGUGAUACAUUCCUUCUACUGCCAGAAUCCUCUCUCCCUCUCUGGCUUUGAUCCAGGCAAAGCCAAAUAAGACAGCAAAAUCAAAGCAGAGACAUUCUUGCUGAAACUUGACUGAAAUCAAUUUGAUUUUUUCUUUUACUCUUGCUUGGAGACUGGGGCAGAAGACAGAGAAUGCAGAAGCCCUAGGUCUUGGGCUGAAAAAUUGUUUAUUCCUGCACUCUCUUGUUUCCCCUGAAUCUUCCUAAGAUGUCUAUAACAAGGUCUGUGAGUAUUUAGACAAGACACUUUCUUGAUGAAGUGAUAAGGGUAGGACCCAUUUUUUUCCCCUUAUCACCCACCCAAACUUCACUCUGCCUAGUUAUGUGUGGCCACACUAGAAUAAAGUGUUACCCCAGCUAGCUCUGCUCCUGGGAAGACUCUGUCUGAACAUGCUGCUCUUUAGGGUAAUCACAUUUAUGAAACAUCUGUUCUGACAUUCACAAUAGCAGGGAGCAUGAGAGGCCUAAGAAACGUGUGUAAGACCUAGUUCACGGUCAUAACUUACGAGUCUGAAGGCAAGGGUAUAGAACCAACGAAAAGAGAUGACAAACAGAACCCUGACGCAUUGGGAGUAAGAAUUUUCUAGCUGGAGUCUGGACCCACACUAUGGGAAAUUGGGGGGUUCUGGGGAUCCCCAGGCCAGGGUUCCAGCUUCACUGAUGAUCCACUAGGAACCUGAGUGUGAGAUCCAGCUCUGGUUCGCAUCUUGAUCUCCCUAACGAAAAGGGAGAAGAAUCAAAGUACUGUCUUUAGGUGGUGCGCUCCCUUUUUGGAACAGAUGAACUUGAGCAUUUGCCAGGUAUGCCUGAGAAGGCACUCCUACCCAAGAUGUGAUGUUAGCCUAGAUGACAUGGAAAAUUCUUUACUCAGGUAGGUAGUUUGCUGAGGACACAGAGAUUAUUGAUGAAAGAGACUUGUGAAUUAAAAAACUACAGACAGGUCCCUUUCACAAGGAACAGUAACCAACAGGGACCGACACUUUGGCAAAAGUGAACAGAGUUCAAAUAUCAACAAUCCAAGAGCCAUGAAGCUGAAUGAAAGGGACAGGCAGGGCCAUGCCAGAAAGAUGGAAGUCAAUGUUAUCCUCAUCCUCAGCCCUGGGACACACUAGGGAGUUCAGCCUCUAUGUAUCCUGGUCUCCUUUCCCUCUACCAGACCUCUACCAGGUAGAACUCCAGGCCAGCUCUAAAUUAGAGUUUGUUUAAGAUUCAAAAGUGGAUAAGUAAAAUAGAUCAGCAGAAAAGAUAAAUCCAGCAAAGUUUCCAGUGUGUGUAGAAACUUGGUCCAUUAAGGGCUCCUGGGACAAAUCACACACUUAAAUUAUCUGACGAUGGGGCGUCAUAACUGGCCACAACAGGAAAGAGGAGAACCUAGAGAUGUGCUCUUAACCAGCCCGCCCUCCCGGCUAACAGGUCCAUACUGCCCCGUAAAUAGGCACCUUCUCCCCGGAGUGGAUCCGGCUGUUGACUGUAACCAGCUUCACUCUCUGCUUACUAGAGUUGUCAUUGUCACCGUCAGAUGAGCCUCUGGUUCAGCCACAGAUGUGAACGUAAAUGGAGUUGAUUGUCUGGAAAGUGAAAGAAGAUGCCUCUGAUCUUUUCUGCUGGAUAUUUAUUAUUGGAACACCGUAGCUGGGCUUGAGCUGCUUUACAUAACUUCCUAGCAGUGCUUUACAUAACUUCACUCAUCAUUAAUAAGAGUCUGCAGAGUUCCUGUGGGGGACUCUGCUGGGCUGCUUUUGGAGCAUUUAAAAUAUUUGGGUGUCCAUGCCUGUCUCAACCAGGACCAGACCCAGGCUUACUAGGAAAUAACAAAUGCUCACUGUCUCAGUCUGUGAAAGUCUUGUCGAUAAAAAAGGACCUGAGUUCCUUUAUCUGUUAUUCCAAAUGGGAUGGGGAACCCAAAUAUCUGCUCAGAUUUUCUCUUGAGGAGGGGCAGGCCACUGUCCCACCCACAUAUCCCAUAUUGUAGCUUCUUGGACAAUAAAAAGCAUCCUUGUCACCCGCCUGAGGGCUGCUCAGAAGUGAUGAGGAAAAGCAAGUUUCCCCAAAAGGUUCUCACAGACCAGGAACCCAGAUACCAUCAGAACUAUGUUCUCCCUGUGUGCUCAGUAGAUGCCUUUGACCCUGUUCUUGUCACCCUGCAAAGGAAGCAGUCCUCUCGCAGAGUUUUACACAGAGGACAUCCUUUGACUUGGAAGUAUCGGGCUCUUCCAAGCAGAAGAUCCUCAAGUUAGGUGGGGAACGGGGGCAGGGAGUGCUUGGGCCACAGAAGGAGAUGUCACGUGGGUCAGUAGAGCUUAGUGGUUUAGAGCAUGGACUCUGAGUCAGACCUAGAUUCAAGUUCUGACAUAAGUAACCUAAAUGAUUUAACCAUCAUGAGCCUAGUUUCCUUAUCUCUAAAAUAAUGAUACUGUGUCUUGGAUGUGUUGAGGUUAAAGGGGAACCUGUGAGUGCUGGGCACAGAGCCUGGCACACAGAGGUGUCAGAGUGGCAGCUGUCGGGAAAAGUGUAGGACCAGCCAGAGAGGGGUGUGGCGCAGGUGGAAUCUGAAACAGAGAAUGUGGAGAACAGGCUGUUCUGCGGAAGCACGUGGUUAUUGCUUGAAGGCUUAGCUUUGGCCCACCAUCUUUUUCUUCCAUUUAGCCUAUUCUUUUACUCUAUCUUUCCUGUAUCUCCGGGCUGCCAGAAGUUUCUGUGCACCGUGACACCAUGUGGCUCUGACUCUCUUGGCUUGUCUGGCUUGUCUUAGUUCAGAUGCUGAGGUGUGGGAUCUGGCCCAGCUCCUCUUUCUAUACUAGGCUACAGAAGUUUCCAGCCUAGGACUGGGACUGGCUGCCCUUGGGGUCCAUGAUCAUCUUGCUUCAGUCAGCUGUAGUUGGGAGGAACGGUCCGAGGGUCCCUGCACCGGAUCCACAGGCCCGGUAGAUUCACUUGGGGAUGGGCACACGGUGGCACAGUGUCGUGCUUCUAGUACCGCCAGCAGAGGAAGGAAUCUGUUUCACCUGUAUCGGGGUUCCUUGAAAGACUUCAUCAGUACUAGCAUAACCAGAGCGGUGGUCCCUUACAUAAAGGACCUGGGAGGUGCUGUUUUGGUAUCUUGUUACUUUCUAGGGUGUUAUUCCUCCUUUCUGGCCCUGCUCCUUUCUUUUAAAAUAUGUAACUCUGGCCAUAAUUCUAUAUCCACACACACACAUACACAAUGACUUUUGUCAACUUAGUCAAAUUGCCUCUUCAAAACAAAAAAUGAUUAAAACCAACUGCUCAUUAAAGAACGCAGAUGGAUACAGGCAAAUCAGAGAGGCCUCAGAAGCACUGUGCUGCGAUGCUCUUAAAAGUGCCAGGUUACAUUUCAAAUAAAAUACUUGAUAAAACCUCA